AUGCCCGUUCUAGCGACAGCCGGCUCAAAUCAUCAUGCUCAGCUGGGCCGUGAAGGCGACUCUUCGUUUUUCGAGGUCCUGAGCAUUGAAGGUGAUUUUGUUCAGGUUUCUUGCGGAGCUCAUUACACCUUGGCGUUGACAAGUUCCGGCAGUGUUUACGGGUGGGGACGUAAUGAAUCUGGCCAACUCGCGCUGCCUGCGCCAACUGUCAACUACCCCACUUUAAUUAACACUUAUUUUGAUGAUCGUGUUGUGAAGGUUUCCUGUGGAGAAUCCCACUCUCUUUUUUUGACUUCUUCGGGGCAGAUUUACGGCUGCGGAGAAGGUUCUUGUGGACAACGGGGAGAUGGUACGUACCACGGUGAAUGUUAUGAGCUUAGACGAGUACUUCUUGAUGAAACUGCACGAGAUGUUUUUUGUGGUGCACGUACAUCGUUUGCCAUAACGGAUGCUGGUGAUCUCUUUGGUUGGGGAGAAACAACAACCGGUAUGCUUGGCCCCAAAGUAUGGCACACACCUACAUUGGCCGUGCCAACUCGUCUUUCCGUUGGCCCCUCACGAACGCGCAUUGCCCUUGUAGUUGCAUCCGUAAACUUUGCAAUUCUUGUAACUACAACAGGUGAGAUUUUGGGUGCGGGGAGUAACAGUGAUGGUCAGCUUGGAAUAGCUGAUUGUUGUACAUACACAUGGAGGCCCAUAAGAGAUGUGGGGCGUGUUUCACUUGUGGCCUGCGGUCGUCGUCACACGUUAUGUUAUCAAGUAGAAAAAAAGCGUUGCAUUUUCCUUUCCAAUAAAAUUGAGUCAUUCAAACUGUCUAAACCGACGGGACUUGCAGCAGGGGACGAUAACGUCUUUGCGUGGACAGAUGGGGGAAGCAGUUUGUUUGUUUAUGGGCGCAAUGGAGACGGUCAGCUUGGUGUUGGUGUCAUCCCACACGUUGAAAGGCUCACAAAGGUACCUCUCCCGAUAAAAGCAAAUGUAGUUACUGUGUCGUGUGGGCGAAAACAUACUUGCCUCCUGCUUUCUGCAGAGGAAGUGCAGCGCGGGAAUUACACGGUAUUCAUGGAAGAUUCUUUUGCAGCUGAUGGAACUUCCUUCUGGGAGACAUUUAGGGAAUCGGAUUGGAAAAAACCUUCAUUUGGAUGGGUAUGCACAGCCACAUCGUUUGCUGCUCUGAUAACCGGAGUGUUAAUUGCAAGGUUUUACGUUUGCCACCGAUAA